AUGGAAGCACUCGAUUUGUGGACAUCGAAUAGCAAUAGUUUGACUUUGGUGAUCUACGAUGUUGAACGGGGAACUGAAAAUCAGGACGCCUUUUUUGAAGUCCAUAUAGAACAUGAGAAAUUGGCCAAAGUGGAAGAAAAACAAAUCAAUUUGAAAGAUUUUCCCGAUUCUAAUAAAUGGCAAGGAGAAAUUACCGUUGAUGGUUUACAUUUUGGUUAUACGAAAUUAUAUGUGAAACUGGUUGAUCCUGUAACCAGUCGCACGGAACGAAGUAUACAAACUUUAGAGGUGAUUGUGAGACGCACGAAACGAGUAGCGGAUAAUACCCUCACCUAUACCGCAGCAGCAAUAGCAUUACUUAUGUUUAUUAAUUUGGGUACCGUGUUGGAUUUGAAACGUGUUGCAAGUAUUUUUAGUCGGCCAAUUGGACCAUUGGUGGGUUUUUGCUGUCGCUAUAUUAUAAUGCCUGGACUGGCCUUGGGUUUGGGUGCUCUCAUGUUCAAAGAUGAUAAGCGUCUGCAGUUGGCGGCAUUUUUUACUGCCAUCACACCGAGCGGUGGUAUUGCCAAUAUUUGUAACAUCUUCCUGAGGGGCAAUGUAAAUCUGUCCUUGGCCACAACCACAGUAAAUAGUAUUUUGGCCUUGGGUAUGUUACCACUGUGGGUAUAUCUUAUCGGACCGCUACUCUAUCCGGACCAAAAAUUUAAUUUACCCUUUAUCGAUUUGGCUGUGGGUUGUGUUGGUCUGUGCGUGGCCCUAAUUGUGGGGGUGAUGUUACGCCGUUGCAUACCCAAAACGACACGUUUUAUUUUCCGCUUUCUCAAACCCUUCUCCGUAGUGCUGAGUUUAUGUUUGGUAAUAUUGACCGUGGUUUUGAAUUAUUACAUAUUCGGGGAAAUAACAUUAUUGAUCUUCCUGCUGUCGUUGUGUCUACCACUACUCGGUUAUCUUUUAUCCUUUACACUAUCGAAAUUGUUAUGCCGCACAGCAACCGAUUCUAUGACCAUAGCCAUAGAAACGAGUGUGCUGAAUAUGACUCUACCCAUUGUAUUGCUGGAGUAUACCAUGAGUCAACCCAUGGCCGAUAUGCUGAUUGUUGUACCCAUCACCUCAGCUUUAGUUUCUUUGUGUUUGGUUUUAAUAUUUUAUAUUGUGCGACGAAUAUUCGGUUGGAAUCGCCCCGUGGAUCAAGAUUGUUUCGAUGAAAAGGCAUUCUUGGUGGAGAAGUGA